UCGAACGCCCAAACAAAACCCUAGAACUCGGAGAAAAGGAAAGUGAUCGGGACGUCGUCAAUGGAGGACAAGCUCGAGGACGAUCGGACGGACAGCGGCGGCGACUACACGUCGGAGGACGAAGGUACGGAGGAUUACCGCCGCGGAGGUUACCACGCCGUACGCAUCGGCGACGCCUUCAAGAACGGCCGAUACGUCGUCCAGAGCAAGCUCGGUUGGGGACAUUUCUCCACCGUCUGGCUCGCAUGGGACACUCAACAAUCUAGAUAUGUUGCUUUGAAAGUGCAAAAGAGUGCUGCCCAUUACACGGAGGCGGCCAUGGAUGAGAUAACGAUCUUGAAACAAAUUGCGGAAGGAGAUCCUGAGGAUAAAAAGUGUGUAGUGAAGCUCUUGGACCAUUUUAAGCAUUCGGGUCCGAAUGGACAGCAUGUUUGUAUGGUUUUUGAGUACUUGGGGGAUAACUUGUUGACGUUUAUUAAGUACAGUGAUUACCGCGGAUUGCCAAUACACAUGGUUAAGGAGAUUUGUUUUCAUGUUUUGGUGGGAUUGGAUUACUUGCACAGACAGCUCUCUAUUAUACACACUGAUUUGAAGCCAGAAAACAUCUUGUUGUUGUCGAUGAUAGACCCAGCUAAAGAUCCAAGAAAUUCAGGCAAUCCUCCCAUUCUACCAAGUAGUAAAGAUAAGAUUGCAUUGGACUCUGGAGUGGCAAAAGACAUAAAGACAUCAAACGGGGAUUUGACUAGAAACCAGAAGAAAAAGAUUCGAAGAAAGGCAAAGCAAGCGGCACAGGGUUGUGCAGAUAAGGAAGUUUCGGUGGAAGCCGAUGCUGAAACAUCUGGUGCAGGAGGGCAAUCCACUGAUGAAAAGGUGAAUGUGGAUUCUGUGGAAGACCAUCCCAGUAGUUCUGUCAAUCCCAAUAGUACAUUGCCAGCUGCUGAUGGGACAAAGGACACCGGGUCAGAGAAACAGGGUAAUAGGAGAGGAAGUCGUUCGACAAGGAAAAAGCUUUUGGCAUCAGCUGACUUGAAGUGCAAAUUGGUUGACUUUGGGAAUGCUUGCUGGACAUACAAACAGUUCACAAAUGAUAUUCAGACCAGACAAUAUAGAUGUCCUGAGGUGAUCCUGGGCUCUAAAUAUUCCACUUCAGCGGAUCUCUGGUCUUUUGCGUGCAUCUGUUUUGAGCUUGCAACUGGUGAUGUACUCUUUGAUCCUCACAGUGGCGACAACUUUGACAGGGAUGAGGAUCACUUAGCACUGAUGAUGGAGCUUCUUGGAAUGAUGCCCCGAAAGAUUGCUUUGGGUGGUCGCUAUUCCCGUGAUUAUUUCAAUAGAUACGGUGAUCUACGGCACAUCCGCCGCUUGCGGUUUUGGCCUCUUAAUAAAGUCCUAGUAGAGAAAUAUGAAUUCAGUGAGCAAGAUGCAAAUGAUGUGACGGACUUCCUGGUUCCCAUUCUAGACUUUGUCCCUCAGAAACGGCCCACUGCUGCUCAGUGUCUUCUUCAUCCAUGGCUUAAUGCAGGCCCCCGUCUUCUGGAACCCUCUAUUACCUCCGAUGAAAAGCAAGCUGUGGAUGGCGCUGUUAUCGAAAAUAAAAAGAAGGAAAACGACGAAAGAGAAGCGAUGGAGGCUGGAAUGGGCAAUAUUGCCAUCAAUUCAGAUUCUAAACCAGCGAAGGAUGUCUUAUCUAGUAGCAAACCCUCCUUGGCAGGCACGAGUAGUUCCUCUAGAUAGAACUCCAGCUUACUCUGUACGAAAUGACAUGUUCUCUAUCUCGUAUUUAUAUCCGAAUUACUCUCUUGUUUCUUGGAAGGUAUGAUUGCAUCCGAUCCGGCGGAUUGAUUUAGGGGGAGUGGGAGAUCAGUAAACUGAAAAAAAAUAAAAAAUAAAAAAAAUUAAGAACCCUUUUCUCCUGUAGUGCUGUUUGUGAGAUUUUGGAAACUUUGAUUGCAGUCAACUCGUCCCCUCAGCAGUUUCGCUGGUGUUGUUGUGAGAGUAUGGUUUAGGCUUGGCUCAGAUUUCAUUCAUUUGCAAUUGAAUGUUUUAUGACUAAAAGCACUUAAAUCAUUGAAUUAAUUAUAUUCUGCGUAUCAA